AUGUUGAUAUACAUUAAUUCCUCUCAGGCGUGGAUAAUGGCUGGAGAACAGAUUGUAAAUUUUUGUAAGGGCGCAAUUAUAAUCUUAAUACAAGAAAUUAUACCUAUACCCAAUCACGACGAUAACAGUUAUUACAAUGAAUUAUCGAAUGAAGAUAACGACAUUUUUUUUAAGUAUCCACGCGAGGAAGAUAACACUAUUGGGGCCGCGAAAAAAUCUACUAAACAAUACAUACUCAAAAAUCUUCAAAAAACAACUCAUAAAAUGCGCUUGCACAAAAAACGGGAAGCUUUACCUUUCAUAAAUAGAUUUCAUGGUCAAACGCAGUCUCAGUACCUUAAUAUUGAUACCAAUAGGCAAAACGAAGGAAAAGCAGAAGCCCAAGCUACUCAACAAUCUUCGCGAGCUGUUGUUAGUGGAAGUAGUGGAAUAGGCCAAGCUCAAAGUAUGUCAUUUGGUUCUGGCAUAUGUGAAAAUUGCUCGAAAUAUAAUAAGCCAAGCAAUGAUUCAGGAAAUCUUAUCUUGGGAGCACAAGAUUAUUUAACAGGAAUAGAGCAAAAUACUCAAAGAGAAAAAUCACAAUUUGAAGAAUUAAUACCUAAUAUACGUACAAUACAAAACAUAGGAACCAAUGAAGGAAUGCAAAUAUUCGAUAGAGUGCUUGGCACACAUUAUUCAGGUGUAAACUCUUCACAAGGAAUUGAAGAAGCUAGUGGAAAACAAUUUCCACACAUUAUUCAAAUACCAGAGAUACAUAAACAUUCAUCGAGAUUUCAAGCAGAAAAAAUUAAUAUUUUAAAAAAUCAAAUAUCAGGAACAAACGCGUAUCCACAAGUAAUGGAAGGAGUAGAAGAUCAAACUUCUAAUGUUCAAAUAAAAGGAAAUAAGUAUCCAACUGAUACAUUAAUAGCAGAUAAUCAUUAUUUACAAAUUCAAGUACCAUGGAACGAUAUGUACAAUCAAAAUGAUCAAGUUAAGAUGGAUAGUAAGUAUGUAGAUACUCAAAUACCAGAAAAAAAAAAAAAUAGUUCUAACACUAAAUCAAUAUCGGAUUUUAUUCCACCAAAUCAAAUAGAAAGUACAAAUGAACCAAGCACACAAACAAUUGAAAAUUACGAAUCUAAUAGCCAAAUAUCAAAAGAAAAUAUUUUUACUUCAAUUACUCAAAAACGAAAAGAAACUGUAUAUCCAACAAGUAUACAAAUAAAGGAUAAUCCAGUCUUUGAUCCUCCUGUUUUGGAAAUAAAUACAUAUUUUCCUGAUACACGAUUAAGGAGCAGCAAUCCACUACGACCAGAAAUAACAAAAGAAAAGGCAUAUCAUUCAGGAACGCCUGUAUUGAUAGAUAAUACUCAAAAUGCGCAAAUAUCAGAAAUGAUUAUUUGUCCACCAGGUAACCAAAUCAGAAAAGAGAAUAUGCCAAACAAUGAAAUACUUAGACAAAUUCCAUAUUCAGAAAUUAUACAAAUAGUAAAUGAUGAUAUAUUAAAAACUAAUAUAAGAGGAAACAAUAUGGAUUCAUCAAAUAAGCAAGUGAUACAAAUUCGUAACGAAGGAAAAGAAAAUCCGCAAGUAUCUAUAUAUUCACCAGAAACACCAUUAAAAGCAAAUAGUGCUUCAGCUCAGAUACCUGGUUCGAUUAUAUAUUUACCAAGAUCACAAAUAGCACCGAAUAACAAUGUAGGUGCUCAAAAUUUAAAUCAAAUUAAAUAUUUACCAAUUAUACAAAAAGAAGGAGUUGAUCAUUUAUAUUUACCUAGCACGCAAGUUAUAAUCGAAGAUAUUUUAAAAAGGAAAAUACCCCAAGAAUCCUUGUAUCAAUCAAGUACACAAAUGACAAUAAAGAAUACUCCACAAAAUACGUUAUUAAGAGAACCAGUAUAUUUCUCAAAUAUACAACUUAAAGAUUACGGUGCACCCAGAGCUCAAGUGUUAAAUACGAUAUUAAAUCCAACAAAGAUGCAAGUAGAUGACAGUGUCACAAAUAUUAAAAUACCCGAACAAAUAAAUUCAUUAGCUAAAAAAGUAGGAACUGGUACUUCAGAAAUUCAAAUACCUAAUAGUGGAUAUCCACACAGCUCAAGAAUUAUAUUAGAUAAUAAUUUAGGAAUGCAAAAUCCAAAAGGUUCAUGGAUUCCAAAUCGCGAUCGUAACACUCAAAGUACCAUAGCAAAUACAAAAAGAAUAAAACCUUUAGAAGGGGCAUAUAUUUCAAGUGGAACGUUAGAUUCUCAAACUUCAUUUGGAUCUCAAGAUAAAAAAUAUCCUGAAGUAACUAAUAUGGGAAAAAUGCAUCCAUCUGUUCAAAUGAAUUAUCCCAGUACAAAUAUUAGUCCUGGAAAUAUCGACAAAUAUACUAUGUUAAAAGAAUCAGAGAAAUAUGAAAGAAAUGAAGCAACUGCUGUUCCUAAUACAGGUUAUGCGCUAGAAUCCAAUUUAAAUUUUCCAAAAUCUUCUAAAAAUUUUUAUGUUAAAGAACACGAGGUAGCAAUAAAUCAACCAAAUAAGGGAGUUAUUAAAACAGAUGAUACUUCCGACUCACAAGCUAUGAGUUCUGUAAAACAAGGUAAAGCAGGUACGCUUGCGAGUGCAUCGGCACAAGGAAAACACGGCCAAGGCAAUGCAAAGUCGCAAGUCAGUGGAAUAUAUACCGGUACUGGAUCAUUUUCUGCCCAAGCUGGUACAAGCGACGAUACAAAAAGUGCUCAAACACAGGUUAGUGCUAGUAAGGGUGGUGUGCAAAGCCAUGCCGAAGGUAACGGUGGCCUCGGAAAAAGUCAAACUCAAGUGCAGUUAGAUUCUGAUUCUGGAAUUACUUCUACUAAUGCUCAAAGUAAUGGCUGGAAUCACAAUACAAAUUCUCAAGUGGAAGCUAGUGCAAAAGGCGGCAUGGCUGAUGCACAGGCAAAUGGUGAUGGACAAACCUCGAGUCAAGCACAAAUUGGAUUCCAACCAUAUAUCAAUCGAAAUGAAAAACUGGAAAAAGUUGCAAAACCAUUUCAUGGUGGUGGAACUGCUUCAGCUCAAAGCAAUACAUUUAUAGGCCAAUCUCAAUCCCAGCUUCAAGGCUCUUUUCACUACGGUAUAUCAUAUUCAGGUGCUGCUCAAGCCUCAUCUGGAGCAGGUUCAACAGCUCUAAAAAAAAUUAAUUUUACCGACCCUGAAUCAAAGUUAUUUAAAUCUAUCAAGUUUGAAAAACAUGAAAAAAUAGAAACGACAACUCAAAUUGCAUUUAAAGAGCAUCUGGAAAUUUCUAAUGCAAGCUCAAAACAUGCUACAAUUACUAUGAAACCGAAUUAUAAAUACCUUGAAAAGACAUUUCAAUCAAAGCAACCGUAUUCGUAUGAUCUUAAUAAUGCUGAUGAUGAAUACAAGGAGUACGAAUAUGAAAAUAAUAGUGACUUAGAAUACAUACAACCUAUUUAUGGAUUAGAUGAGACAAAUCAAACAAUGGCCUCCUUUACUAAUACUGGAUUCAGUGAAAACAUAAAACAUGAAAAUAACACUGGAGAUUCAUUGCCGGGAUACAUAGCAAAUACCCAGAAAAGGUAUAUGACGUCCUCACUCACAAAACAAAUUAGUCCAAAAAAUAUUACAACCCAAAAUAAGACUGUAAUUGCAUUAUUCAAUGGUACUAUUUCAAAACCUUCUUACGAGAGAUUUUUACAUUCUAAUCGUGUUGGUGGUAUUUAUUAUGGAAAUUUGAAGAAUUAUAGAAUUCAGGAAGAGUCUCUUUCACCCAAAACGAAUUUUGUCUCAGUUUCAAAUAAUAUAGCUGGUAAGAUGGAAGACACGAGUCUUACAAAAAAUUAUGAACAUAAAUAUUAUACGAAGAGUUCGACUUGCGGUUAUUUUACUUUCUCUUGUAAUUUGGUUUAUGGUUCCAGUGGAAUAAGUAAGAUUUGUAAACCGAAAAUACCCACGUACCCGGAUAAAACAUCCAAAUGUUAAAGAAACUUUAGUUUAA